GACCGAAGCAAGAUGACCUCGGCCAACCCAGACAGUAACUUGUCCUCGUUGCCCGAGGCCACGGCCAAAGCGAAAGGAAGCCGUCCAAACCGCGAGAAGCGCAAAGGCCUCCGUCUCGCCCACCGUAAGUCCAGGACGGGAUGUCAGCGAUGUCGCGCCCGACGAGUAAAGUGCGAUGAAAUGCGACCUGUAUGUCGUGACUGCCAUCGUCAUGGGGUCCCCUGUGUUUAUGACAGGCCUGCGGAGGAAGAAGCGAUCCCCUCUCGACCUGGAUUCAAUCUCGCCCACUCGAGUCCAGUCCAACUGAUCCCAGUAAUGACGCACAUACUAUGGAACUGCGUCUGCUGCAUCACUUUACUCUAUUCACCAGCGCUACUUAUGCCUGGGGCCCACUUGAAGCGUAUCAAAGACUGUUGGUCGAUCGACGUGUCCCGACUCGCAUCCAAUUACAAACCGCUCCUGCACGCCGUCUCCGCAAUCUCUGCCCUGCAUCGGUCCAAAGCUAACCCAAACGACGCUGGCUUGCUGGGUAUCCACGGCAACUUUCUCGAGCAGGCUUUGCGCGAACAUCGACCCUGUAUCAGCGGUAUAACUACGCAGACUGCGCAUGCGGUAUGCUUUACGAGCAUCCUAUUACAGAUUGAUGUAUUUGCAACCUUCCAAAACCGUCCUGUUAUUUCUUAUGAACAGGUAAAUGAAUGGAUGCGGCUAGUGCGCGGCUCAGUAGCCGUCUUUGACGCGGCCUUGGAGAUUAUAAGGCAUAAUACUCAUCCCGCCAAUAUCUGGUGUAUUAUUGACACCUUUCCUCUCUCCUUGCGGACGAAUUAUGAUGCUGGUUCAUUCUCCUUCCUGCUUCCGACUGUGCCCGACGAGGAGGACGAUGAGACGUGCCGUCGCGCUUAUCAACGCCACCUGGCUGGCCAUCGAAGCAAAGGAGCAUCCGCAAAUGAGCUGUCGCCGGCUCACGGUCUUUCCUUUGUUCGUGACGAGUGAGUUCAUUGACUUACUCGAGAAGAGGAGACCUCGCGCUUUGGUGGUUCUAGCCUACUUUCUCGCCUUGUCGGCACCGUUACGCGACUUAUGGUGGAUCGGAGACGCUGCACACAAAUACGUCCGGGUCUGCAACCAGUCCUUCCUGCCCAUUGGGAACGUUUAAUGUCCUGGCCAGUGGAAAUGAUUAUAUCUUGUGCCACACAGCAAACUUAAGUCGCUGUCCCCGCCGAAGCAGCGCCUUCACGAUCGCAGGCAUCUUCAGCGGCACCAGCUCUUUUGUGUCUGCUCAAACAAUUCGCUGGCCUCUCGCAAGUACGCUGCAAACGUUGCUGGUCUGAUAGCCGCGUCGU